GGCCGCGAGGCCAGUAGUGACAACUAGUCCACAGUCCACGCCUCGCCUCUUCCGGUCCACACCGGUCCCCCUACCCCCGACCUCCGACCUCGAUCCGCCGCCGCCGGUCAUGUCCGGCCGCCACGCGCCGCACCUCCGGCUGUCCGUGCCGCCGCGGCUCUCCGCGCACCCGUCCUUCCGCUUCCCCUCCACGCCGCUCCCCACCCCGUCCAAAGCCCGCGGCCUCCCCUCCGCAUCAUCCGCUUCCCCUUCGUCCCCGUACACCGCCGCGCUCCUUCGAUUGCUCGUGCUGCACGCGUUCUUCCUCCUCGCGCCCGCCGCGCGCGCGCUCCCCUCCCUGGGCCACGUGCUCGCGCUGCCCCCGCUCCUCGCGCUGCUCGCCGCCGCCGCGCUCCUCCUCCUCCACUUCGCCGCCGUCUCCCGCAAGGCCCACCAGCCCCACCACCCGUUCCCGGGGCUCCCCGCCCUCCUCCGCCCGGCCCUCCUCCUCGCGCUCUCCCUCCUCCUCCGGCUCGUCGCCCUCCGCGUCCUCCCCUCCCCCGGCCUCCUCGUCCUCGCGGAGUCCGCUGGCGCCCUGUUCGCCGGCGCCCUCCGCCGCCCCUCCCGCCGCCGCGUCCUCUCCGUCGCCGUCGCGGCCUUAUCUCUGGUUUGCAUACCCCGUUCCUCUUCCGUGACCCUCGCGAUCCCAUUCGCCUCUGGCUUCCUUUCCUCGGCGGAACACUCGGCCACCACGCGGCAUGCCACACGCAGUCGGCGCGCCCGAGCGGCGGCCUUUGCACUCGCCGCUGCCGUCCUCUCCGUGCCGGCACUUGUGGGUCUCUCCUUUUUCAGUGGCAGCGACGCCAGCGACCGUCUUGAUGGAGAAGUGCCGGUCGGCCCGCUCUGGUGGGUGCUGCUGAACGCGUCCUUCUUUGGGAUGGCUUUGGGCCGACGGCAGGAGCAUGAUGGCGGCAGUGGUAGGCCAAGUGUGGAUUUUGCAAUGACGUUCUUGUGCAUUCUUGUUCUUGAGCUGGUGUACUACCCAAAGCUGUCUUUACCGGGUUUCUUGAUCUGUGGGUUCCUCUUGUGGAUCGCCAGCAGGGAGCUGGCUCCUGCAGGAUAUGUGGAGCUUGGGAGCGAAGAUGUGUCAGAGUCAGUUUAUGAGGCAGUCAUGGGUCCAGUCAGGCAUAUCCUGACUGAGCGCAAGUCAAGGAAGAUUGCUGCAUUUCUCUUGAUCAAUACAGCUUACAUGUUUGUGGAAUUUGGCAGUGGGUUCAUGAGUGAUAGUCUUGGGCUGAUUUCUGAUGCUUGCCAUAUGUUGUUUGAUUGUGCUGCACUGGCAAUUGGUCUCUAUGCAUCCUACAUUGCAAGAUUGCCUGCGAAUGGGAUGUACAACUUUGGAAGGGGCAGGUUUGAGGUACUGUCAGGGUAUGUUAAUGCAGUGUUCUUGGUUCUUGUUGGUGCGUUGAUCGUGCUGGAGUCAUUUGAGAGGAUUCUUGAGCCUCGGGAAAUAUCAACUAGUAGUCUUUUGGCAGUUUCAAUUGGUGGACUUGUCGUAAACAUCAUUGGAUUGGUUUUCUUUCACGAGGAGCACCAUCAUGCUCAUGGCGGUACCUGUUCUCACUCCCAUUCACAUUCUCAUUCCCACUCACAUUCUCAUUCACAUCAUCAUGGCCAUGAAGAUCACCAACAUCAUGGCCAUGAAGAUCACCAACAUCAUGAUCAUGAUCAUCACACUGUUAAUCAUGCGAAGGCAUGUUCUGGUCACCAUGGAGGUGAGAGGCAUAACCAUGAUCACUGCAGUAAUAGUAAUUGUGAGGGCAUUCGUAACAAUCUCAUGGAUAACACCUGCAAGGAUAAACAUAGCCAUAGCCAUGGCCAUGAGCAUCAUCACCAUGACCAUUCAGCACAUUGCCAUCACAGUGGAGAUCGUGCUCAUCAAAGUUGCAGCAGUAUUAGUAUUGGACAACAGCUUCUUGAGAUUCCUCUUAGCAAUAUGCAUUCUCACGGCACAGAAGAUCACUCUUCAAAAGAAUUACUGAGCUCAUCAGAAUCUGGAAACCCUAAGAAGUCAGGACACCGGCAUCACAUUGACCACAACAUGGAAGGAAUCUUCUUGCAUGUCCUUGCUGACACAAUGGGAAGCGUUGGUGUCGUAAUAUCGACCUUACUGAUCAAGUACAAGGGAUGGCUUAUAGCCGACCCUAUAUGCUCAGUAUUCAUUUCAGUAAUGAUCAUAUCUUCUGUUCUUCCAUUGUUAAGGAAUUCUGCUGAAAUUCUGUUGCAGAGAGUCCCGAGGAGUCAUGAAAAGGAUUUGACUGCAGCUUUGGAUGAUAUUAUGAAGAUUGAGGGUGUCCUUGGAGUUGAUAAUGUUCACGUAUGGAACUUAACAAAUACUGACAUCGUAGGCACUUUUCAUCUACAUGUAUCCGCAGAAGCUGACAAGUCUUCCAUAAGAAAUAGAGCUUCACGAAUAUUUCAUGAAGCUGGGGUUCAGGAUCUGACUGUCCAGAUCGAGUGUGUUAAAAGAUAGCAACAGUUGUUGAUAGUGUGGUAGGUUUUGAGAUAGAAAAGUUUUUUUAAGGCACUCCACACAGGAACCAUCCGCUUCAAAUGUAUCAUGUAAAGAUUCUUUUUAAUACAAAUAUGCAUCUUGUAAUUCAGGAAUUGCGUA